AUGGAGACUGAUAUACCUAUACUGUCUAACUCUGACCAGAUCAAAGUUCAUCAUUACAUUUUGGAUCUAAUUCCUGAUUUCAAUCAAAGAGUUUUCCAAGCCACAAUUUUGUUUUUCCUUGAACCAGCUGUUUUCAAUGACAAUACUGAUCACUCGUCCUCGACCAAAACGAUCAGUCAAAAGUAUGUUGAAAGAGAUGCUGAUUAUUGCCAUAGCGAUGGAUGCAGGAUUCAGGAUUUUUUGCAACGUCGGCAUGGUUGCAGUGAAAUAGGACAUGAAGGAAAUAGCAAUGUGGUUGGAGACCAAGAAAGCGUAAACAUGUGUGGCCAAAUAUCAGCAGCAUCAGUAAGUAGCAAGCUAAUUAAUUGUGAAGAAAAGUUUCAAGAUAACAAAGAGCAUUUUGAACUUGUACUUGAUUGCCAUCACCUCGAUGUUGAAGAUGUAGAAGAAGUAUUUUUACCGUCAUGGAUAAUAAACGGAAAUUCAGGCAAUGCAGAUGAAAAUGUAGAUUACGGAAAACUGCCAACCUCUAUAGAGAAGCUACUCAGGGUCACAAGUGGAGACUUUGAAGGGAGAAAUAGCACUUAUCUUCAAUGUAUAAAACUGACUGGACAGAGAGUCAAGUUUGUAUCACAGGAAUGGUGUAUUCGAAUCUGGAAAGACGGUGUUCAUAAUGCGAGGGAUUUUCCAAGGCUUAUAAGAGUGAAAUACCGCACUACUACAAGAGGUUCCUCUGUCACAUGGUCACAUGACCAGGAUGGAAAUUUGUGUGUGUUUUCACAAGGUUCAAGUGAGAAUAACAGAUCACUGUGUCCCUCACAAGAGACGGCUGGUUCCUUAUCGACAUGGCAAGCAUUUGUACAUGUACAGACGCAGUAUACUGUGCUGAUGAGUGGGGACCAUGAUCCUCUUGUUUCCAUGGAUACAAAUGGUUUGCAGUGUUUUUAUUAUGUUUUGGAAGUUCCAUUUUCACUGUGCAACAUUGGUGUUAGCAAUAGGGCAAUGGAAGUCUAUACACAUAUCCACAGAGAUGCCAUUGGAUAUGCGCCACCUUGCAACCUGUGAUUCUCAUUCACCUGUGACAUCAUGUCAACAUGCCGUCUUCCCAUGUCGGAUCAACUGCACCUACCAGCCCAUAAUUCCUUGUAAGAUUUACUGUCCACCCAGUCUCCUUCCGGC